AAAGGAAAGUUUAUAAUUUAGGAAUAGAAAGGAAAAUCGAUUAUUGUUUCUUCAAACCUUUUAGGCAGCCAUAGGCUUUGAUGUCUUUGACAGUUUGACCCAUCUACCUCUUGUUCUUCUACUGCUCUGCGACUCUAUCUCUGCACAACAAUGGUCCACAAGGAAAGCAGAAGAAGCUUUCUCAGCCAAACCAGGAGGACCAUAGUCCAGUGAUCCAUCCAGAUUCCAGCCAAGCCAGCUUAUAAUUAAACACCAAUUUCUUUUCUUCCUAGCAGCAGCCACCCUAGCCUCUCUCUCUCUCUCGAUUGCUUUCUCUCCUUUCCACAGUGCUUUCCCUUUUUGUUCUUUUAUUUUUUUUUUUGCGCUCGCGACUCGCCCCUCACUGCAAAAGCAAGCAAAGCCCACCUUCAAGUUCCUGAUCUUUCAAGCUAGUUUAAUAAUGUUCAGCUGAAAUAUACCUUUGUGGGCAUCUGGGACUUACUCAGCUAUGUUCAAACAGGUUCAAUUGUGGGCAUUAGAAGAAGAAUCAGGCAGAAAAAUACCUUUGGGCUUCUGCAGAAAGAUAUGAUUUCUGGUACUAGAUGCUUUGCCGCGAAUUCAUCACCUCUGAUGUAAUUUUGAAAGAGUUAGAUAGUUCUCCAUGGCCUCCAGAACAGGUAGUAAAGGUUUCUCAAAAGAGGUUCAUAAGUUGCGGCUAGAUGAUCUCAAGCUCCCUUCUCCAGUCGAGAUGAACAUUCAUGGCCAGGUGCCAAGGCCAUUAGGAAACACGCCUAAGUUUCCAAACUCCAACAGAAAGGUGUUGACUGCUGACUCCUUAAUCAGCAAAUUGGAGUCCACUUCGAUAUCAUUGGCUAGUGUUGAAGAACAAGGGUCAGGAGGAGUAGAUUCCUCAUCCGUCAAUGAUACCAGAGGGUCCCAAGAGACAUCUGUUAAGAACAGUUCGGUUUCAGGAAAAGUCAGUGAUGGAGCUAGCAGUCUUGGGAAGACUAGUGGGAGCACGAAAAUUGAGUAUGUGGAAAGUGGGAAGAGCAGCAUGUGCAGAGGCAGCACGAGCAGUGACAUCAGCGAUGAGAGUACCUGUAGCAGCUUUAGCAGCAGCAUCAGUAAGCCUCAUAAGGCAAAUGAUUUAAGAUGGGAAGCCAUCCAGGCUGUUAGGAUGAGGGAUGGGGCUUUGGGUUUGAAUCACUUUAGAUUGCUGAAGAGGUUAGGCUGUGGCGAUAUUGGAAGUGUGUAUUUGUCUGAGUUGAGUGGGACCAAGUGUUAUUUUGCCAUGAAGGUGAUGGACAAGGGCUCCCUUGCAAGUCGUAAGAAGCUGCUUAGAGCUCAGACAGAGAGAGAGAUACUACAAUCUCUUGACCAUCCAUUCCUUCCUUCACUUUAUACCCACUUUGAGACGGAGAAGUUUUCUUGUUUGGUUAUGGAGUUCUGCCCUGGUGGUGACUUGCACACCCUCAGGCAGAGGCAGCCAGGGAAGCAUUUCACCGAGCAGGCAGUAAAGUUCUACGUGGCAGAGGUCUUAUUAGCAUUGGAGUAUCUCCACAUGCUGGGAAUCAUCUACCGUGAUCUCAAGCCCGAGAAUGUAUUGGUGAGAGAUGAUGGACACAUAAUGCUCUCCGACUUCGACCUCUCCCUCCGUUGCGCUGUAAGCCCAACUCUCGUCAAAGGCACGCCUCUCGAGGGAGCCGACCCACUACGAAAGAACCCAGUCUACUGUGUCCAGCCAGCGUGCAUUCAGCCGCCAUCCUGCAUCCAACCUUCUUGUGUGGGGCCUACGACAUGCUUCUCGCCUCGCCUCUUCUCCAGUAAGUCGAAAAAGGAGAGGAAACAGAAAAACGAUCUCGGAAACCAGGUCAGCCCCUUACCUGAAUUGAUUGCGGAGCCUACUGAGGCGAGGUCAAUGUCGUUCGUCGGAACCCACGAGUAUUUAGCUCCCGAGAUCAUCAAGGGGGAAGGCCAUGGAAGUGCUGUCGACUGGUGGACUUAUGGUAUCUUUCUCUACGAGCUCCUUUUUGGUAAGACGCCAUUCAAGGGGUCUGGAAACCGAGCUACAUUGUUCAAUGUAGUUGGUCAGCCUCUCCGGUUUCCUGAAGCCCCAGUAGUCAGCUUUGCAGCAAGGGACCUCAUAAGGGGACUGCUGGUGAAGGAGCCACAGCACAGGUUGGCGUAUAAGAGGGGUGCUACUGAGAUAAAGCAGCAUCCUUUCUUCGAAGGGGUGAACUGGGCAUUGAUACGAUGUGCCACACCACCUGAGAUACCCAGGCCGGUUGAGUUGGAACGGAUUCCUGGGCCGGCACCAUUGGCAGGAUCUACGAGCGAAAAGGCAGCGAUGGUAGCAGCAGCAGGAGCAGGUGGUGGUCAGAAGGGUGGUGGUGGUGAUAACUAUCUGGAGUUUGACUUCUUCUGAAAGGGUUCUAAGUACAUGUAUGGUUGAUGAUGAUGAUGUUGAUUGUAAGGAUGGAAAGAUUGUAUCUUUUUUUUAUGGGUAGGGGGAGAAUUUGUUGUUGUGAUGAACAUUUUUCAGCAAUUGAGAGACAGUAAUUGUUUUUUGUUUGUCUUGCUACCCCCUCACCUGUUCUCUCCUCUCUCUCAUCCUUCCUUAUGUUUUUGUUCCUGAAUGACAGUUGAUGAUAAGGAAAAAUGUUUGGCUGCUUUGAUGCUGUAGCUGGUAUCUGCAAUCCUGAACGAAUUCCAACUCCAA